CGGGACCCUCACUCUCUCUCUCACACACUCUCUCUCCUGUGCGUGUGUGCCUGUGAGGAGGAGCUCUAGCUGUGGGGAAAAGCUGCCAUCGUCGUCUGCGUCCGUUGCGUGCUCAGAGGGCCAACCCUUCUCUCACACAGCUCCACCUCUUCUCUCUCUUUCUCUUAUUCUCGCUACGUUACGGCUCCCCGCCCAUUCCACUCGUUUGGUAACUAUUUCUUCCGCCUGCGUCGUGUGUGCUCCUUAUUCAUUCCAUUCCUUUCUGUACCGCUCUCUGUCUCUGUCGCUCGCGGGAGGACUCAUCUCCAAGAUUUUCAGAUCCGUCGCGUUUAAGAUCGGGGCUGUUCUCCAGAUCUUGGAGGCCGAGACGACGGAGUGAGCUGCGUUUGGCUCUGCAUUUGGGUUCUCCGGUUGAUAAUUUUUAAAGAACAGCGGGGCGAUUCCGUUGCUGUAGCUUCUUUCUUUUUCUUGCUUUUGUCUUUUCUUGUGUUUACCGGCCGAAUCUCGGGGUCGCCUUCGAGGAACAGUGGCCGGAAGCCGUUGGUCGAUCUAGAUUGGCGGUGGAUCGGGCAGCCGGGAGCGAUCCGCGACAAGCUGCUGGUUACUUCAUCCAGAUAUCGAGUGUCUUAUUUUUCUUGUACUCCGAUUCGGCUGUCCGUUCAAUUGAACCAUUUGUCUGCAUUUGGAUAGUCGGAUCCGGAUGAGGAGUAUUAGCUUUCGAGGGUUUUGUUGGUAAAAAUUUGGAUCGUCCGAGCAGGCUCUGUAAUUCGGUCUGUUCAUUUUCUUGUGUUUUUGGAGAAUUCUACUCAUUAGACCAUUAGUCGUGCAAAAUAGUAGAUCUGAGGACGAAGGAUCGGCCUGCUCGGUGGAAAAGAGAUUGAGUUUUGGGUUAAGAGUGGCCGGAGCAUCAAAAUUGGCCCUGCAAUCAGGAGUCUUGGUGUCAGAUCGUUGGACCGUCCGUCUAACUACGAGUGGCGAGGGAUCCGUGUGAAAUGCGAUUGGGAUAGGUCUGAUUUUGCUCGAUCAUGCCAUCCGGAGAUGCAGCGAUCAAGAGCGGUCCACGCGUAGGCAUUCCAGAUAGAAUGCAGUUUCAGAGCGGCAAUGAUGUUCACCAGCGGCAGUGGUUCCCCGACGAGCGGGACGCCUUUAUCUCUUGGCUAAGGGCUGAAUUUGCGGCAGCAAAUGCAAUCAUCGACUCCCUCUGUUAUCAUCUGAGGUGCAUUGGGGACCCAGGAGAGUACGAGGUUGCGAUUGGGUGCAUCCAACAGAGACGGUCUACAUGGACACCUGUGCUCCAUAUGCAGCAGUACUUCUCAGUGGCAGACGUGGUGCACUCUCUUCAACAGGUUGCUUGGAGAAGGCAGCCCAGACAUCCGGAUCCAUCCUCAGCAGCAGGCUCCUAUCUGCAUCCGAAACCAGAGCCCAAAAAACCUUCUCUGCAAAUUGUGGGCGGAAGACAUGGUAACAGGAGCACGGCUGUGGAAAAUGCAAGGGAGAAUCAUGGGGCGGAUGCAGAUUCACAUUCUGCUAAUCAAGAAACGUCAUCAUCAUCUGUUAGUACCAAAAAGAGCUCAGCCAAUGAUAUUUCUGGGGCGGAAGUCAGUAAGCCUGAGUCUGCGUCUUCUGGGCUGAGCGUUAUCUCUUCUGAGAAUAAUGAAGGAGCAGAGACGGAACAAAAGGGAAGCAAUGACGUGGUAUUAGAAGCCAAUGGAACAAAAUCUGGAGAUGUUAGCGAAGGUCAUCAUAAAAAUGAUGUUCAAGAGGAUGAUUCUGACAUUAAAGAGAAACAAGAGGACAAGCAAAAUGGUGUUCCAAUCCCUAAAACUUUUAUGAAUUCUGAAAUCUUGGAUGGGAAGGCAAUAAAUAUUGUUGAAGGGCUUGAACUAUAUGAAGACCUUUUUGAUAGCUCGGAAAUCUCAAAGCUUUUCUCAUUGGCAAAUGAACUUAGAGCUGCCGGUAGAAGAGGCGAGCUUCAAGGACAGACAUUUGUGCCUUCAAAGCGGCCCAUGAAAGGCAGAGGAAGGGAAGCACUUCAGUUUGGUGUUCCUAUUAUCGAUGGACCUCCGGAAGACGAUAAAGGAACUGGGACAUCAAAAGAUCGCAAGGUUGAGCAAAUGCCCAGUGCACUGCAAGAUAUUGCUGAUCGAUUAAUCCAAUCGCAAGUGAUGAAUGUAAAACCAGAUUCUUGUAUCAUCGACUUCUUCAAUGAGGGGGACCAUUCUCAGCCCCACAUGUGCCCUCCAUGGUUUGUACGACCAUUCUGUGGACUGGUCCUGACAAAAUGCAUUAUGGUUUUUGGUAGGGUGAUAAAUAUAGAUCACCCUGGAGAUUACAGGGGCUCUCUGAGGCUUUCUUUAUCGGCAGGGUCUCUACUAGUUAUGAAAGGAAAGAGUGCGGAUUUUGCCAAACAUGCAAUCCCUUCCAUCCGGAAGCAGCGGAUCAUUGUGACCUUUACCAAGUCACAGCCAAAAAGAUUGCUAUCAAACGACGGGAUGCGCAUUCAGUCAUCUGUGCCACCUGCACCAUGGGUGCCAACCCCACGGCUGCCAAACAUGAUUCGUCAUCCAAACCCUAAGCACUACAAUGCCGUUCCCUCAACCGGCGUCCUGCCCGUGCCACCGGCCCGUCCGCAACAUCUGCCUGCAAGUGACAUGCAGCCAAUCUUUGUAGGUGCAUCUGUUGCACCAGCAGUUGCUUAUCCACCACCUCCCGUGGCAAUGCCUGUGGCGACUACCGGAUGGUCCUCAGUCACAAGGCCGCCACCACCCAGGAUGCUGGUUCCCGGGACCGGAGUUUUCCUUCCUCCAGCUGGACCUGGCCACUCUUCAUCGCAGCAGCAGGGUGGUGCAGCCUCAGGUGAAUCAAGUUCUCUGGCAGAGCCUGCUUGCGAGAACCAACCACAGAACGGGCAGCUACCCGAAAGAAAUAACGACAAAUUGAAUACAAACCUACCAGAGAAGGUGGAGCCUAAAGGUGACGGACUCACCGGAAAAGGGUCGAAGCAGGAGAGUGAAGAAAAUAUGGCUUGUGUUGGCAAGGCAGAAGGCAAAGAGGAACAGAGCGUCGGCAAAAAGAAGCAGGGUGGCAAGACAAGCGGGCAAGCCAAAUAGACGGGCAACACACACAUUCGCCAUACAUUCUUUUUACUUUCUAACACGUGCUUUGCGGACAACUGCAAUCUACAGAGCUAGGGGGAGCAAGAAACCAGGUGUCAAGAGCGGCAGAGUGGAUGGUGCGCUUGAGCUAUCGGCUCCCUUUUUAUCUCCGUCUCACUCUUUAUCAUUUAUGUGACUUCUGCCUUUUGUUUUGCAUUCGUUUCCGUUACACGGGGAGAGGGAAACCAGGACUACCUAAUUUCUUGCUUAAUUUAGAGGAAGAAUGAAGCCUUCCGAUUUUGACUGUUUUCCA